GAACGGUGCGGUCGUGUUUUCCGUCCCUGUUUUUGCAGCAAACAUGUCUGGAAGAGGCAAGGGCGGCAAGGGCCUGGGCAAGGGUGGUGCCAAGCGCCAUCGCAAGGUUCUUCGCGAUAACAUCCAGGGGAUCACCAAGCCUGCAAUCCGUCGCCUAGCCCGCCGCGGUGGUGUCAAGCGCAUUUCCGGCCUCAUCUAUGAAGAGACCCGCGGCGUCCUCAAGGUCUUCCUGGAGAACGUCAUUCGCGAUGCCGUCACCUACACCGAGCACGCCAAGAGGAAGACCGUGACGGCCAUGGAUGUGGUGUACGCGCUCAAGAGGCAAGGCCGUACCCUCUAUGGUUUCGGUGGUUAACAGCCGUCUCGCCGUCGGACACACAUCGAAAACGGCCCUUUUCAGGGCCAAACCAGUACCGGUCUAUCUUGGAAACGGGUUUUCAUUCCAACG